AUGUAUUUAUACAUGUUUAUAAUCAUUAACAUGACUGUUAAUGAAAUUUCUGUUUAUUCCAGAAAUUCUGACCAGAUGACUGCAGCCAGCAUAUUGCAGCACAUAGAUGAAGACAGUCUUUACAAAGUUCUGAAGUUUUAUGGAGAAGAAAAGAAUGCUCGAAAGAUCGCCCGGGCUUUGGUCGAAUCAAGAUAUCUGUUCAGGAAGUUAGAAACAACAAAGGAGUUAGCAGAAUUAGUAAUGACUGUGAUUGGCCAAGAGUAUAGACUAGACAAGUUGCAAAGGUCAUCUCACCCAGCCACCAAAACAUUUCAGGCACUUCGAAUCUUGGUUAAUAAUGAAUUAAAUGAACUUGAAUAUGGCCUAAGAUUAGCUCACUUCUACCUACAACCAGGAGCAUCUCUUGUUGCUAUUUCUUUCCAUUCACUUGAAGACACCAUUAUAAAGCGACAUAUAACUGGUAUGGACAUCGAUAAAACACCAUUGUCUAUUGGCUCGGGUGUGGGAAAACACCGAAGUUCCUUGUCAACUUAUUCAGCAGUUGAGAUGGAAAGUAUGAUGAAGAAACCAUGGGCACCUCUUGACAAACAUGUAAUCUUACCCUCAGAAAGAGAAGUUCAGAAAAAUCCUCGAUCUCGAUCUGCAAAACUAAGGGCUGCUAGGAAAUGUUAAUACUACUAGGGACUUCAAAGUCGGUCACCAUGUUUUAAUCAAGUUAAUCAUGAUAUAGGGGCAAUUGUACAAAUAAGAGUCAGUGAUCCCUGAUAAUUCAUUUUUGAUUUUAUUGCUAAUUAUGUCUUGUAUUUGAAUACGUAGUACACAGGAUAUACCUUCGUCCAUCACAUGGACGAAGAAUUAAAGGGAAAGUUGUAA